CGGUGAACUGUGUUCCCCUUAUUAGGUGAUGGCACGUAAGCAAAGCAGUGCUGUCAACGUUCCAUAGUUGACGACUGGAUCUCAAUCGUCCAUCAUGGCACCCUUCCUUGAAACAGUCAAGUCGUUUAAAGACGUGCCCAUCACCGACGAUGGUGUCAAUACUGUCGCAUUCCUCGAAGGUGGCGAUGGUGUCGUUCGCAUGCUUAGUGAACUCACUAGCCUUAUGAGUUCGGUUGGCUCUGGAGCAUUCUCACCCGUCAUCAACGACAUCCAGGGUAACAUCACAAAAGUUCGUGCACGAUACGAUGCAGUUCCCUCACAGUCCGCGACGUUGGAGCAGCUGGUGACCAAUGAGAAGAACAACAAAGUGGGAAGCGCGACAGAGGGCCUCAUGUGGCUGCUCCGGUCCCUUGCGUUCACGGGAAAAUCCCUUCAGCAUGCACAGAGCAACCCAUCAGAGGAUCUCAAAGUCGCCUUCACGAAGGGGUAUGAUCUCACCCUCGGGCCUAUUCACCGUGGUUCUGGAUUCUUCAGUAUUCAAGGAGCUAUCAUGAAAGCGGCAGGCUUGAUGUUCAGCACUGCGAUUGGAUACUGCCCCCCUCGCAAGAGCUUCUACGAGAAGCUUGCAGCCAACCCAAAUGGAGAGCCAUGCUCGCAGGAGCUACUUGACAAGCAGCUCAACGAUUGGAUUACUGGUCUGGAUACCAUUAUCACGAGGAUGGACACGUUCUACACAAAGGGGAAGCAUGGAGAGAUAUUCAAGUCUGCGAAGUCAUAGAUCAGCAUAUCGGCAAUAAACUGCGCAUUGUGCAUUGUACGGAUGAAUCAUCAGUGGUGUGCGUCAUCGGACUCUUCUUUUUUUUUUUGCAAACAUGUGGCCUUGAAGCUUGGAGUACUAUUAAUCUUCGAGAUCGCUGUCAGGAAAUGCGUGUUUUGUUCACUUAGUGCCCUGCCGUCUCCCGAAACAAGUCAUCCAUGUAAAUCAGACAUGCUCGUUAGCUCGGUGGAUCGAGUAUCAGUACUCGUAUGAGCUAAAUCGACAAGAUCGCGCUUACUGACAUUGACCACUUUCAUU